UGCACCGCCUUCGUCGAAUCAUUCCCAAGAUACACCUCGAUUUCUGUGCAUUUGUCUGCGGUUGAAGCUUUUCAAGCCUGUUAUUCCCGUCCACGGUAAUCAUGGCGGACGAGGGUGCAUCUCCCCGCGAACUCAUCCUUGAAGCAUGCCGGCGAAACAACACCUCUCUCCUUGAAGAGACCAUAGCAGACUUGGCGGCCUCAGCAAAGAAGUCAGGCAAGGAUGUGACGAAGUUUGUGGCAGAGAGCUUGAACAAGGCGCAUGAUGGCGUUGGGAAUGGCUGCUUACAUGUAGCGGCGACAUAUGGAAGUUACGAAGUGCUCGACAUUUUGCUUGACCAGGAAGGCCUGGAGAUAGACGACGUUGACCGCCUCGAACAAGACACGCCGCUGCAUAAAGCCGUUCGCUACGUCAAUUCGCUCGACAAGUCCGAGUGGGAGCCAGUCGGCCAUCCGAUAGUGGAAAUACUGCUAGACGCUGGUUGCGAUCCCAGGAUACGAAACAAGGCGAAGCUGAAGCCGGUCGAGCUGGCAGAUCCGCGCAACACAGUACUCAGGAGCAUAUUGCAGAAGGGAGAGUUUGCGAUGACGGCAGGCGGAGAUGUGGUCGAGGAGGAUGAUAAUGGCCCAACUGGGAGUGCAAGUGAUAGCGAGUGAUGGAGGAGAACUCGAUGGGUAUUGCCUCUUAUUGGUUGCGGAAAGGCCUGCGGCCUCCGCUCAGGCUGCUAGUUCAUCUACAUAGAUAUUGUAACCUCUCCAAGCGCUUGAAUACAGGCGCGAGGGGUGCUCCUAGAGAACUUGAUCUGGUAGGGUCGGUUCGCUGAGGAUAGCAUGCCGUAGUACAGCGUGACUGCAGGUGCAUGAGUCUCUUGCGUUAGAUACCCUCCAGUGCAUCAAAUGCCAUGGUUC